AUGGUUUCUUUGUUGCAUUUGUAUCAAACGAAUACUUUACAGCCAUACAAGAACUUUUACAUUCAGUUUCCUGAUCAGCAGAAGUGCAUCAGAGAUCUUUUGUUCCCAUAUACACGAGAACGGAAUAUUGAACUAUUCAGUGCUCUUUCUGUUUUCAUCAAUCAAUGCUCUUAUAACUUGCUCAGAGUUUACUUUGAAACUGUUCGAGAUGGAUAUAGAUCGGCGUUGUUCUUGCCAGGAGAAAAUGAAAACAAUGAUGGAUUAGUGUCACACAGUCAAUUCCUUUUCUCUUCCGAGGAAAAUUGUGUGAUUGUGCAUGCUUCGGAGUCAACGCUCGAUGUCAGACUGGAGUUGAAAAUGAAGAAAAAGUGGCCAUUAUGCAAAGUGGUGAAAGUGAAUAGUCAAGCAGCACCUGAUGAGAACAAUCAAAUCGAAGUGGUUCGUGCGAAACUCAAACUGACUUUUGAACAUCAAAAUCUUCGGAGAGACAGGAAUUCUGUAGAUUUGGAUACACUUAUGAGAGUUUUCUUAAACAGUCGAUACAUUGAAGCAUUGUAUCUUGACGAAUUCGUUUCCGUGGAUGAGCUUUUCCAGUUUUCUGAACAGAAAGAUUUCGCGAAACUAUUCCCAGUUUGCCAGUUGACCAUGGUCAUUCCGAAGCCAAAAAACAAAAGUGACGAGACCAAAUUCUGGAACUUUAUUCUUUACUUCGUAGUGGAUUCUCCAUUAGUUCUGGUAUCCUCACGAGUCGUCAACCAAGACAAAAUUGAUUUGGUUUUCUACAAUCCUGAAUACAAAACUUGCAAUUUCAAGCAUUUCUCGAUUCCGUUCAGCAAAGAAGGAGUCAAGUUUUGA